GCAUACCUUUUUAAUACGUAUUUAAUUGCGGCUCGCGAAAAAUUUCAAAUUUUGAAAAAUGGCUCGGACUAUCAAGGAGCUUGGCCACCCCGGGUAUAAUACUUAAGAAAAACUUGAUCACGACUUGCAACUUCGUUACUUGUUUUCAGUGCGUUUAUAAUGAAAAUUAUUCGUCAUUUGGAUAUAAUAAUUAUGUUGUGUAUGCUUAUCAGUAUACAUUAUUCUUUGUGCCAUAUGAUUUGUGGUCAGAAAUGCCUGAAUAUGGGCCGACUACAGACUUUUCACAAAGUGGAAUACUGCCAGUAUAUCAGCAGUAUGAACCUCAAGUGAGUGAAUUUGAAUAUCGGCCACUAUCAGAAUUCACGCCUUAUUGGUCGUCUCCUGAAAUAGCCGAAAAUGAAAGACAAGCAGAAACGACUAGAUAUUGGCCGCUCCCAGAAAUUAGUGGAUAUGGCUCUCAACCAGAUAGAAAUGAAUAUAUGUCAGCGCCAGAAGUAACUGAAUGUGGGCCACUGCCGUAUGGAAAUCAAUAUUCGACAGGUCCAGAAAACGUUGAAUAUGGAGAAUAUUUCAAUGUAAAUGAAUAUAUGACACCUACAGAAAAUGUUCAAUAUGGAGCUUAUCCGGUUACAAAUGGAUAUUGGCAAGCUCCUGAGUAUAAUGGAUAUGGCUGUAUAUCAAAUAUUAAUGAAUAUAUGUCAGCGCCAGAAGUAACUGAAUGUGGGCCGCUGCCAUAUGGAAGUGAAUAUUGGACAGAUCCAGAAAAUGUUGGAUAUGGGACGUAUUCGGAUAUAAAUCAAUGUUGGCCAGAUCCACAAACUAUUGGAGAUGGAGCAUAUUCAAAUAUAAAUGAAUAUAUGCCAACUGAAGAAAAUGUUCAAUAUGGAGCUUAUCCGGUUAUCAAUAGAUAUUGGCAAGUUCCUGAAUGUAGUGAAUAUUGCCCUCAAACAGAUAUAAAUGAAUAUAUGUCAGCGCCAGAAGUAACUGAAUGUGGGCCACUGCCCUAUGGAAAUGAAUAUUGGACAAGUUCAGAAAAUGAGGGAUAUGCAGCAUAUUCUAAUACAAAUGAAUAUAUGCCAACUGCAGAAAAUGUUCAAUAUGGAGCUUAUCCAGUUAUAAAUGUAUAUUGGCAAGUUCCUGAAUAUAAUGGAUAUGGCCCUCAAUCAGAUAUUAAUGAAUAUAUGUCAGCGCCAGCAGUAACUGAAUGUGGGCAACUGCCAUAUGGAAGUGAAUAUUGGACAUAUCCAGAAAAUGUUGAAUAUGGGGCGUAUUCGGACAUAAAUCAAUGUUGGUUAGAUCCACAAACUAUUGGAUAUGGGGCAUAUUCCGAUAUAAAUGAACAUAAGCCAGCUGCAGAAAAUGUUCAAUAUGGAGCUUCUCCGGUUAUAAAUGAAUAUAGGACAGCUCCAGAAAAUACAGGAUAUGAAACAUAUUGCGAUAUAUAUCAACAUUGGCCAACCCCAGAAGUAUUUGAAUAUGGUCAGCAUCCAGAUAUAAAUAAACACUGGACAGCUGCAGAAAUUUUUGCAGAUGGAACUCAACCAAGUAUAAAUGGAUAUAUGCCAGUUCCAGAAAAUAAUAGAUUUGAACAACAACCUACUAUGAACGAAAAUUGGCAAGCCUCAGAAAUGAUUGAUUAUGGGCAGCAACAAAAUUUAACUGAAUAUUGGCUGUUUCCAGAAAUAAAUAUGUAUGACUAUCAGCAGCCGGUAGAACUUCAGCAUUAUUCGCCGCCAACUGAAGUGUCAGAAUCUACCGAAAAUGGAAAGCUGCAAUAUGAACUUCCCGGAAACGUGGAACAAACAGAAUUUCUCAAAUAUGAGUCUACAGCUCAUAAUUCUGAAAAUCCAUUAGAACCAAAGUCACAUAUUUCAUCAGAAACGCGUCAUCAGCAACUUAAAGUUUCUGAGUUUCAAGUGAAAGAUCCUGAUCAAACUCAAAAUUACGAAACUCACUUAGAACAUGGCAGUUCUGCCGAAUGUAAUUCAGAGAAAGACUUAAAAGACGACAAAGACGAAAAAGUGUCUGAAAAUAUAAUUACAAACAGCACAAGUGAAGAAACUUCUUGUGAACUCGAUGCUACAAAACAACCUCCUAUUAAGAACGUGCCAGAAACUCCACUGUCUUCAGCACAAAUCACAUCGAUUGUAAACGGCGGUUAUACAAUACGACCGUUAUAUAGAGCGUUUUUGGAUCUGGAAGAAAAUUCGUUAGUAUGUGAUGUAAUAUAUGAAGAGGACGAGCUUAACUAUGAAGACGAUCUAUCGGAAACAUCUGAUGAUCUGUCUUAUAGCACGGAAUCAGAUACGAUGUCAACUGAAGAUGACGUUCCUGAUACCAUAAACAGAAACAAAGUAUCCAACGAUUGUACUACGUAUCAAAAUAUUAUAAUAAUUCGAGAUUAUUUGCCAGUUCACCAAACAUGUGAAUCAGUAUUUAUCAGCCCAACAUCGAGUUCUGUUGAUGUCGAAUCAGACAAAUCUGAUUUAUCAACAGAAAUGUACGAAAUUUGUGACGAAUUACUUGCGAAAAAUGACAAAAACCUUGCAGACGAAUUAUCUUCGAUGGAUAAUUCUAGAAAAAUAAUUGAAGAAAAUUUAAUUAAAGAAUUAUCUGAUACAAGUCAAGAAAUAACAAAAAAUGAAUUGGAAUCAGAUAUCAUAUCAAUUGAAAACGGAAUUUCUGAUAACAUAAACAGAAACGAUGUAUUUGACAACUGUAAUGUGAAAGAAAUUAUAAUAAUGGAUCAAUAUCAUUUGUCUGUUUAUGAAAGAUGUGAAUUAGAGUCGACUCCUGUUCAUGUGAAAUCAUUCGAAUUAAAUUCAACAAACAAAAUGGAUGAAAUUUUUGACGAAUUACCUGCUUCCGAUUGCGAAAACAUUGUAGAUGAAUAUUCUUCGUUCAAAAAUCCCAGCAAAUUCAAACUGGUAAUUCGAGGAAUUUUUCAGAGCUUUGUUCGUUUCAGAAUUAUUUUCAGAGCUUCGACGUCACUCGGUCAUAUGAAUCCUAUUCUUCUUUAUUUUCGUCGUGUAAUUACGGUCAAAAUUAAAUUGCAAGGAAAUUAUAAAAGUCCAAAAGUCCGUAUGUGUUCGAGAAUUCCUUAUAGGACCUUCAACCCGGCGUCAUCUAGAGUUUCUGAGUUUGAAAUUAAGGACUCUGAUCAAAGUCAAAUGUGUGAAACUCGCUUAGAACAGAGCAGUUCUACAGAAUGUAAUUCAGAGAAAGACUUUACAAAAGAGAAAGAAACAAAAGUCUGUGAAAAUAUUAUUACAAAUAUCACAAGUGAAGACAUAUUUAGUGAAUUUGACGAAACACAACAGUUUCCCAUUAAGAACGUGUCAAAAACUGCACUCUCACCAACGCAAAUCACAUCAAUCGUAAAUGGAGAUUUUACAUUACGACCGUUAUUUGAAGCGUUUAUGGAGAUGGAAGAAAAUUCGUUAGUAAGUGAGGUCAUAUAUGAAGAGGACGAGCUCAAAUAUGAAAAUGAUCUGUCGGAAACAUCUGAUGAUAACAUGGAGUCUGAUUCGAUGUCAAUUGAAGACUGA